AUGGCGGACGAACAAGCUAUCGCGGUGUUAAAAAAGAAACGCGGUAUUGUUAAGGGUCAAUUGUCGAAGUUCGUAACAUUUAUCGAUAGAUAUAGCGAGGCGGGACACACCCCGGAAUUAGAGGCUAGGUUAGAAAAGGCCGAGCAAUUGUGGGCGAACUUUGACCGAGUGCAGACAGAGCUCGAGAUAGCGGAUGAAGCGCAAUCAUCACAUCGCGACGCGUUUGAAGAAUCGUAUUUCGCAGUAAUAGGAAAGGCUAAAGGGUUGAGACAGACACCUACAGUUGCGCAGCCGCAAACGGGUUACACGUGUAACAAUCAAAACGUAAAGUUACCUGCAUUGAAAUUACCGGAUUUCAAUGGUGAGUAUAGUAAAUGGAUACAAUUUAGCGAUACAUUUAAGGCGAUUAUUCACAAUAAUACAGCAUUGACCACCACCCAAAAAUUCUACUACUUGAAAUCGUGCUUGAGCGGAGACGCCGCACGAACAUUAGAUACGUUAGAAACGUCGGACGCAAAUUACGAUGUCGCGUGGGAUAUUUUAACAGAACGAUUUGAGAACAAAAACAUUAUAGUUCACAAUCAUGUGAAGGCAUUAUUCGAGUUGCCGCCGGUUACUAAAGACUCAUACAAUUCUCUUAGGGAUUUGUCCGACAGCAUAUCGCAACACUUACGAGCAUUAAAGUCAUUAGACCAGCCAGUCGAUAGCUGGGAUUCAAUCAUUAUCUAUCUUUGCGCGUCUAAAUUGGACAUUGCAUCACGUAACGAGUGGGAGAAGCUAUCGGUUAAGAGUAGCGAACUGCCAGAUAUCGAUGAAUUUAAAACAUUCUUAAAUGAACGCUGUCAAAUCCUGGAAAGAUUGUCCAAAGACAGUAAGCAAUUGGAUAAACGAAACGUAAUUAAGGAUUCAAGGGACAAGUCGAAAGCAAAUUCAUUAUCACAUUUAGCAUCAAACGUAGUAAAAUGCAUGUUUUGCAAAGGGUCACAUAAUACAUAUUCGUGUAAGGAUUUGUUGUCUUUGUCGGUUGAUGAGCGAUUGGCACAGAUCAGAAAACUAAAACUAUGCACCAACUGUUUAAGAAAUAAUCAUUUCAGUAAAAAUUGCAAGGCGGGAGGCUGUAAAAAAUGCAAUGGUCGACACAAUACGUUGUUGCAUCUUGGAGAAUCUAAAAUUGAAGGCAAGGCAGAGAAUCAACCAUCCUCAAAGGCAACUAAGACAGAGACCAAGGAUGAACUUAACACGACGCAUGAAUCCACGGUAACCACGCACUCAGCUCAGAUAACGCGAGAUUCGUACAUAUUGUUAGCAACAGCAAGGGUGCUGAUAUUCGAUGAUAACGGAAAGUCAUACCAAUGUAGAGCGUUAUUAGACAACGGGUCUCAAUCCAAUUUUAUUACAAUGCAAUUAGCGCUGAAGUUAGGUCUUGCAAAAACGCCUAUAAAACUUCCGGUGUGCGGAGUUAAUCAGAGCAUUACGAAUAUUUCGCACAAAACCAAAUCAUCUAUUAAAUCGCUGCAUAACAAUUAUAGGGCCGAACUGUCUUUCAUGGUAGUCGAUAAUAUUACGCAGGAGUUGCCAAAUAAGUUUUACAAUAUUUCGGCGUUAAAUAUACCCGAAGGAUUGUCUCUAGCAGAUCCACGUUUUAAUUGUCCUGAAACGGUAGACUUACUAUUAGGCGCGGAACGGUUUUGGGAAAUCGAAGAAUGUCUUUCAACACCCAAAUUUACAAAGGAAGAAGCAGCAUGUGAGGAUUUAUUUGUCAGAACGGUAGAGCGAGAUACACAGGGUCGAUUCACUGUACAACUGCCUCUGCGUUCAAACAUCAAUGAGUUAGGAGACUCGCUAGAAAUGGCAACCAAACGAUUACACACAUUAGAAAGGAGAUUCUCCAAGGAUCUCAGUCUUAAACAGCAAUACGUGGAAUUUAUGAAUGAAUAUCAGGAGCUCGGGCAUAUGACCGAAGUCGAGCCUAACGGAGAGGAGUGGCAUCCAGUUUACUACUUGCCGCAUCACAGCGUAGCGAAGGAAUCGAGCUCAACGACCAAAGUACGAGUCGUUUUCGACGCAUCCGCGAAAACAUCAUCUAGCGUGUCGUUGAAUGAUGCUUUGAUGGUUGGUCCAAUCAUUCAAGAUAGCUUAUUCGCAAUACUUAUCAGAUUUAGAAUACAUGAGUAUGUCUUUACGUCGGAUGUUACAAAGAUGUAUAGGCAAGUCAAUGUUCAUAAACCCCAUCGAAACUUACAACGCAUUGUUUGGCGCUCUGAUGAGGACAAACCUAUAAAGCACUAUCAAUUGAACACAUUAACGUACGGUACGGCACCAGCUUCGUUUGAGGCAAUACGAUCGUUACAACAAACAGCAUUGGAUAAUCGAGACACGUUCCCUGAAGCCAGCCGCGUCAUUCUGGCGGACUUUUAUGUAGACGAUCUGAUUUCAGGAUCUAACACGAUCGAUCACGCGAAGGAGCUCGCGCAUGAUAUAAACAAAAUUUUACUUAGCGGAUGUUUUCAAUUGCGAAAGUGGAAUAGUAACAGUAAAGAGAUCAUCGACUCAAUACAAUCUGAACCAGGUAACAAUCAUACGCAUUUAACACAAGAAGUUAACUCUAAAACGCUCGGUUUGUCGUGGAACGCGGAAUUAGACACUUUGAAUUAUCAAGCAAAUACGGGCGAUGGUAAAUCAAAUAAAGUCACCAAGAGAACAAUAUUGUCGUUUAUAGCUCAAUUAUUCGACCCGCUGGGUCUCGUUAGUCCUACGAUAGUGUUGGGAAAGGUCAUUAUGCAAAAAAUAUGGAAGUUAGGAAUCGGAUGGGACGAGUCAUUACCAUUAGAUUUGCUCACUCUAUGGAGGCGAUUCUGCGAUGACAUGAAAUUCAUAAACAAAAUAUCAGUACCCCGGCAUGUUCUGAAUCAUCAAUGUAUUACCAUUGAAUUACACGGAUUUUGUGACGCGUCGGAAAUAGCGUAUGGAGCAUGCAUAUACGUAAGAGCGGUGGAUAGUUUCGGUAACAUUACGACGCGAUUAUUAUGUUCUAAAUCACGAGUGGCGCCGGUAAAGGCAAUAAGUUUGCCGCGUCUGGAAUUGUGUGGUGCGUUGUUGUUAGCGCGCUUACAUCAGCAAGUAGCGGAGGCAUUGGUUCGCAUUCCUGAUUGUAAACAUGAUAGUUUUUAUUGGUGCGAUUCUACGAUAGUAUUGGCAUGGGUAGCUACAGAGUCCAGUCGGUUAAAAACAUUUGUAUCCAACAGAGUCGCAGAAAUACAGCGACUCACAAGCGAUAAACGCUGGUUCCAUGUUAUAAGUAGUGAGAAUCCCGCAGAUAUUGUGUCACGAGGUAUGAGUCUGAAUAAGUUAGCUACAGCGCAAUUAUGGUGGUAUGGACCGUCGUGGUUGGGGCUUGAAUCAGCUCAUUGGCCGACAGAGAAUACGCGUAGCAAAGAAGUUACGGAGUUGAAGGAAAACGAGAUAACGUGCAUUGCAAUUAAGCCGGACGAAAAUUUAUUUAAUCGAUUUUCAUCAUACAUAAAAUUAAUUCGGGUUAUAGCUUAUUGCAGACGAUUUAUCCAUAAUACACAAAGGGAAGUGAAACAAAAACGUAUUGAAUCGUUAUCAGUCGAGGAACUAAAUGCAGCAUUAAUCGUACUCGUGAAAAUAGUGCAAAACACCUAUUUUGCUUCCGAAAUCAAUGAUUUGAACCGCAAGGGAGCGGUGCGAGCUAGCAGUAAAAUUGCGUCGUUAAAUCCAUUCCUGGAUGAACACCGUGUACUACGCGUAGGGGGUCGUUUAAGAAACUCUAAAUUACGUUACGAAAGCAAGCAUCCUAUGUUACUACCAAAUAAUCAUACAUUAACGCGAAUGAUAGUGAUACACGAGCACGAAAGGCAGAUGCACGCAGGAUUAACCGGUACCUUAGCUGCAGUUAGAUCUCGUUUUUGGAUUGUAAAUAGUCGAAGCACGGAGGACAACACGCCGCCCUUGCAAGGGAAGGCUGGUCGCAUCAUGGAACUACACUCUGGAAUGGAUGGAGUAGUGCGAGUAGCUGUGAAGACAACUAAUGGACAGUUAAAACGAUCGUUAAGAAAGUUGUGCGUGUUGCCUAUCGAGGAUUCGAUGUAA